AAGAACAACCUUUGCGCUUAAAAACGUUCACACUCAUUCACAAAGAAGAAUGAGUUCAUCAUCAUCAGCAAAAGCCCUAAUCAAAACCCUAAUCAAGAACCCAACACGCAUCAAAACCAAACACCAAGCCAAGCAGCUCCACGCCCAGUUCCUCCGAACCCAAUCCCUCUCCCACACAUCCGCCUCCGUAAUCAUCUCCCUCUACACAAACCUCAAACUCCUACACGAAGCCUCGCUCCUCUUCCACACCCUCGACUCUCCCCCCGUCCUCGCAUGGAAGUCCCUCAUCAGAUCCUUCGCCGACCAGUCCCUCUUCUCCCGCGCACUCUCUUCCUUCGUCGACAUGCGAGCUUCGGGAAGAUGCCCGGACCACAACGUCUUCCCUUCCGUCCUCAAAUCGUGUACGAUGAUGUCGGAUUUACGGUUCGGCGAGUCUGUCCAUGGAUACGUUAUUAAGCUUGGGUUGGAUUGCGAUUUGUAUACUUGCAAUGCCCUUAUGAACAUGUACGCUAAGCUUCAAGGGAUGAUGGGUUUGAAAACUAGUGCACGUAAAGUGUUCGAUGAAAUGCCUCAGAGGAUAGAUAGUGUGAGGAAAGUUUUUGAAUUGAUGCCUAGAAAGGAUGUGGUUUCUUGGAACACGAUCGUUUCAGGGUAUGCACAGAGUGGAAUGUACGAAGAUGCUUUGAGGAUGGUUAGGGAGAUGGGGAGUGAUGAUAUAAAGCCUGAUGCUUUCACUUUGUCUAGUGUUCUUCCGGUGUUUUCGGAGUAUGUUGAUGUUAAUAAAGGAAGAGAGAUUCAUGGGUAUGUGAUUAGGAGAGGGAUUGAUGCUGAUGUGUAUAUUGGGAGUAGCUUGGUUGAUAUGUAUGCUAAGAGUGCUCGGAUUGAAGACUCGGAGAGAGUGUUUUCUCACUUGUUGAGACGGGAUAGUAUCUCGUAUAACUCGCUUGUUGCCGGGUAUGUACAGAACGGUAGAUAUAACGAGGCUUUGAAGCUGUUUAGGGGAAUGGUGAACGCAAAGGUUAGGCCGGGACCUGUGGCUUUCUCGAGUGUGUUGCCUGCUUGUGCUCACUUAUCUACUUUACAUCUUGGGAAACAACUUCACGGGUAUGUGUUGAGAGGUGGGUAUGGAGAUAACAUGUUCAUAGAUAGUGCGCUUGUGGAUAUGUACUCCAAAUGUGGGAGUAUUAAAGCUGCUAGGAAGAUUUUUGACAGGAUGAAUGUACACGACGAAGUUUCAUGGACGGCUAUUAUAAUGGGGCAUGCGUUACAUGGGCAUGGGCAUGAAGCAGUUUCCUUGUUCGAGGAAAUGAAACUGAAAGGAGUGAAGCCGAAUGAUGUGGCGUUUGUUGCUGUGCUAACUGCGUGUAGUCACGUGGGGUUGGUGGAUAAGGCGUGGGGGUAUUUCAACAGCAUGACUGAGGUUUACGGUUUGAACCCGGGGUUGGAACAUUACGCAGCUGUAGCUGAUCUUCUAGGCCGUGCAGGGAAGCUGGAAGAAGCGUUUGAUUUCAUUUCAAACAUGCGUGUUGACCCUACGGGUAGCGUCUGGUCCACGUUACUGUCUUCUUGCAGCGUCCACAAGAAUCUUGAGCUAGCGGAGAAGGUAGCUGAGAAGAUAUUCGCUGUUGAUUCUGAGAACAUGGGAGCUUAUGUUCUGAUGUGUAAUAUGUAUGCAUCUAACGGGAGAUGGAAAGAGAUGGCGAGACUGAGAUUGAGAAUGAAGAAGCUAGGACUGAGGAAAAAGCCAGCUUGUAGUUGGAUCGAGUUCAAAAACAAGACUCAUGGUUUUGUUUCAGGAGAUAGAUCGCAUUCGAGUAUGGAGAGGAUCAACGAGUUUCUUAAAGAGGUAAUGGAACAGAUGGAGAAAGAAGGGUAUGUUGCAGACACAAGCGGAGUGCUUCACGAUGUGGACGAGGAGCAUAAGAGAGAGCUUUUGUUUGGACACAGCGAGAGACUAGCUGUUGCGUUUGGUAUCAUCAACACAGAGCCCGGCACUACGAUAAGGGUCACGAAGAACAUAAGGAUAUGCAGGGAUUGUCAUGUAGCGAUCAAGUUUAUUUCGAAGAUUACAGAGAGAGAGAUUAUCAUUAGGGAUAAUAGCAGGUUCCAUCAUUUCAACCGUGGAAGCUGUUCUUGUGGGGACUAUUGGUGAGAGAGUAAGUGUCAAACUUGCCGACUUCAUGUUUGUUCAGAGUUCGCAUAAGGGGGAAGCUUCCAUUACAAUGAAGAGUUAAGGAAAUGUGAAAACGAUAUUCUAUUUGUUUCCAAAUCAACAAGAAGCCAUUUCUUUCA